UAGUACCGUGGCUCCCAGCAGGCCCGGCCGCUGCUGCCGGCUGCGUGCCUGACGGGAGCUGUAGUUCUGCGCGGAUGCCCCUCUGGGCGCGGGGUGUUGUGGCAGGGAGCGCCGUGGUUUGCGCUGCGGUGGACAGGCCGAGCUGGCGCGGCAGAGCUGCCCCACGAGAAGAGUCGGUGUCACAGAAUCGGUGAUGCAAUCAGCUAAUGCCCUGGGUUGGAAGGGACCUUGAACAUCCGCUUCGAACUCCGUGCCAUGGAGACACCUUCCACUAGACCAUACUGCUCGGAGCCCCAUCCAGCCUAGCCCUGAGCAUGUCCAGGAAUGCUAGAUCCACAGUUUCUAGGAGCAGCUUAUUCCACUGUCUCACCACCCCCCCAGCAAAGAAUGUCUUCCUCCUAUCUUACCUAAACCUAUUCUCUAAUCAAAGCCUGUGACUCUAGUUGAAGACCAUUCCACGUGUCCUAGCACUACAUGCCCUGGUGCAUGUUCCACUCCAGCUCUCUUGUAGGCCCCGCUGAAAAAUAAGGUCACCCCUCAGAUCACUGUUAGUCAGCAUAUCCCCUGCUUGCUGCUGUCAGGGUAUGACACUUUAAAAAAACCAACCAAACAAAUAAAAUGCAGCUUCUUAACUGUGUAUUUAUUCUGGGAGGAUGACAAACUUCUCCAGCGCCUGAGAUUCAGAGAUAAGGAAAAAGAGGCACACAGAAAAGAGGUGUAUGGCAGAGGGCUCCCCAGCCUAGGCCCUGGCUGGGCUCCUGGCCCGCUGUGCCAGCAGUGCUGAGAGUUUUGCUCAGGUUGCACCUCUGUUAUACCGCUCAGAGACAUGGAGACCCCUCCCUCUGAGUGGUGCACUGCCCAUCCCCUUCAGGGCCUGGCCAUGUAGAUGGCUGCAGUUUGCCUGAUGCUAAGCACGUUGGUUGGUUAAGUUCCCUGGGGUAGCCUGCACCACCUGCACUUGCCAGCUCUCAUAUCCAUCUCGUUUUCCUUGGUGGUCCCUUUGGUUUUGAAAUAUUUCUGUAUCACUGUAAGUAAGGUAUGAAUCUAAGGAUUCUAAACUGUGUAGUUCAGCAAAUUGAAUUCAAAAAGGAUAAAAUUCUGCUGCCCUACUCUCUGUUGACACUGUGACCACGGACUGUCCAUGAUGUGUGGUGCACUAGUCCCACCCCAGGCAGCAGAAUGAUUUGUACACCAAGUUUGGAAAGGCCCAUGACAAGGACCAUGAAGGGUCUUUCAGUGCUAGACCAGCAGAGGUCUGUGGGAAGGAAAUGGCAGUGUAAUACAGGUCAAUUUCAUGCUGAAUAAAAUAUAUUUGUUUAUCCAUUGAAACUGUUUCUAUUAAAGUUAAUGGAAAAAUGUGCCAUUUAAUGGCUUUCUUUUUCUUCAGGUUUUAUGAAGCGUUUCAUUAUCAUGCUUCACUUGCUUAGAAAAUAAGAGUUUUUAUUUAUGUGGCCAGUUACAUUUUCCCAGGGAUAUGCAGAAUGAGAAUAAACAAUCUAACUCAGUUCAAUACUUGGUCCUUUCAUGGUUAGAAUAAUUUUUUAUAAGCCAAAACCUUAAAAUAUUAGAGUGUAACAGUGUAAGCUGUUAUUGUGACUCUCUGUUACAAAGUCAGUAGUAGCAAAUAAAAAUCCUCUGGACACCUGUUUUUGUGACAGCAAAAGCUUGUCAAAUAGUUUUAUGCAUGAUGCUGUUUUAAAGCAGCUUGCAACACAGUGCAAGUAAAGUAAGCACCCAAAGUUAAUUUUGAUAUUCUAGACUCAGUGACUGUUUUACCUCUGGUGUCUGUGCUACAGCAGAACCUAGGUGUCCCAAGUGUUACUACAAUCCAGAUAAUACACUUGUCUUUAUAAACUAAAAAAAUAAGCUUUUUGUGUCUUCCUACUGCAUUUGGAGCUUCCAGAAUGAUUCAUUUUAUAGCAGCAAGAACAGCACCUGUGGGGCAAGCAAGCUGUGCCACAAGUGAAUUGUGGAAAACAAAAGAAAACAAGAUAAAUCCUUACAAAAGUACAAAGGAGGGAGCAGGAAUUUUGUGCAGAACCUUCUUGUACCUUAGCUUAGUGGAGAGAAAUAGUAGAGUAGCCUUUAGUCUUUCUUUUGCACAUCCAAUAACUAGAUACUUCUUCAACUUUGUACAAACAAGCUCUGGAAAGCUCUGACAUAUUAUUUGGGUUCUUUUGUCAGUGUUGUGAGUAACUGCAGUUUUUGCAGUCUGUUUUUUAGUGUCGUAUCCCAAUGGUCUAGCAUCACACCAUUGUAAUUCAUACAUGCCAGGUUCCAUACUAUCAAAUCAUACAGUGUAACAUAAAACUCAACCUUCCUCUUUUUUUCUUAUGACAAGGAAGCGGUAUCUGCUAACAGAAGAAGAUAUAAAGCUACAAGAAUUUCAGCAGAUGAAGGUGGCAAUUAGAAAUGAGUUUCAUGGCAAUAAAGAUCAAUAUUUUAAAAACAUUAAAAAAAACCUAAGGAAAAAUGGAAUAAUUCUCAGAAAUUAAUUUAAAAACUUGCUGCAUUUAUGUCAGACUUCAUCUGAAGUGGAACUAGCCAGAAAAGUUAUUUACAGAUACCAUGAACAGAAUGGAGUCACAGCCUUACAUAAUUUUAAAUUUGGACCACUCUUUAUGAGGCUGUGUUAUGAGCUAGACCUUGAAAGACCUGCAGUAGAACUUAUCAAAGAUCAGAAUUUGAGGGGUUUUUUAAUUGACAGUACAUCAUUCCAUGUUUUGAUGACUAUGUUGUUGAAAAAGGGCCAUUUUGAAAGUGCUUUGGAAGUUUUGGUAGAAAUGAAAAAACAAGGUAUACCUUUCAACAAAGAAACCUAUCUACUUGCAGUUGCAAUAUGCUAUAAAUUGGGCAACCUGGAGUCUUCCAAAACUUUUGUGAGACUGCUUGAAGAAGCACAGCUUAAAGGGGACACGUCACUGAGAGCAUACUGCUUUACAAUGGCAACUGCUCUCAAGCAGAACAAUAUAGCACAAGCCAAGUUUUAUUGAUCCCAGAUAAUGAGAACAGAGAACAAACUAUACAGUAAUCUCAAAGUCCUAGUGCAGCUCAGAUCUGGUUUGCUAAAAGAGGUAUAAAUUAGAGCAUUAGAGGCAGCUGUGGAAGUAGAUACUCCUCCCUUUGUGAAAAGAACAGAGUUUUCUGAGCAGGUGCUGGCUACAGUCAGGGAAAAGAUGGAAGAGAACCUUUCUGUCAAAUUAGGAAAUAUUUAUACAAAACUACAGGCAGAUAAUCAGUUGGAAGACAUGCUUUUCCAGAUUCCUAGUUCAAAGAAGAACUGCAAGCUUUUAAAUCAGAAACAGUUGGGCUAUCAGGGUGCUAAUCCACUUUGGUCAAAUCUGUUGUUUGAAUAAUCCAGUA